GUGCCCCCGCGCGGAGCCGAGUGAAAUAGAAGAUGAAUUCAGCUGAAAUCACUGAUGAUGAUGAAGUAAAAAUUCCUAAAAAAAAUAUUGUGAAAGUAGAAACAGAAAAUGAAGAUGAAGCUCUAGACUGCUCGGUAACAUCCAAAUCUGCUGAGAAACACUCACUGGAUGGCGCAGUUACUUGCCUACAGGAUUCCAACAAACGGAAACAGACCUCACUUGGUUGUGAUGGUACAGGGAGCCAGCAAGAUGUCUUACCCAGUGUGAAGAAAAGACGCUUUACACAAGAGGGCCCCCUUUCAAACAUGAAGAACAGAGAUACUGGCUCACCCACUCAGGUAAAUGCAGAGCAGCCAAACAAGAACAAGAAUCCUAAUGUAACGUGGCUCUGUGAAGAAGAAUCCUUCAGUGACAUAACCACUCCAUCUUAUAAAAAACCUCUCUACGGCAUCUCACACAAAAUCACAGAGAAGAAGAACCCACCAGGAGCAGAGCAGUUUGCUUCUUAUGAGUUGUUUGAAAAAAUCAAUCCCAGCAGUCCCUCGCAUCUUCGGACUUUGAACGACCAACGCAAAAGGGACUCGGCUGCAGCCAUUGCUGUAACAGCGGCCACCGCAGAUUCUGACCCAAAUAUAUAUUCUUUGAUACAGAAAAUGUUUUACACACUUAACACCCUCAAUACCAAUAUGACUCAGCUUCACAGUAAAGUUGACCUGUUGUCUCUGGAGGUAAGCAGAAUCAAAAAGCAAGUCAGUCCAGCAGAGUCCGUUGCAGACUUCAAGCCUCCCCCGGAGUACCAGCUGACUUCUGCAGAGCUCAAACAAAUCAUGGAUCAAAGCACGUCAGGCGGAGACCUAGCUUGCCGGUUGCUAGUGCAGCUCUUCCCAGAGCUCUUCAGCGACGAUGAGUUCAGCAGAAGCUGCAGUGCAUGCGGCUUUCUCAACAAAAGAAAACUUGAAUCUCUUCAUCUGCAGCUUAUCCGCAACUAUGUGGAAGUUUGUUAUCCUUCUGUGAAGAAUACAGCUGUGUGGCAGGUGGAGUGUUUGCCUCAAGUCAAUGAUUUUUUCAAUAGAUUUUGGGCUCAAAGGGAAAUGGAAAACAGUCAGCAGAAUGUGCAAUCGUCCAGUUUUUAUGAGACUGAGCAGGUUGAAUCCUCUCAUUUUAUGGAGGAUAAAGAGCAGGAGGAGGCUUUGUCCUUGGACAGGAGUAAUGCCAUUGCCUCAGAUUACAUGCUGGAUUCUCAGGAUCUCAAUGAAUUUUUAGAUGAAGCUUCUUCUCCAGGGGAAUUUUCUGUUUUUUUGUUACACAGGUUGUUUCCGGAACUCUUCGACCACAGAAAAUUAGCUGAAAGGUACAGCUGCUUUGGAGACUCUGGAAAACAACUGCUGGAUCCUCAUCGGCUUCAAAUAAUCCGUAGGUACACGGAAAUUUAUUUUCCAGAUGUGCAAGAAGAAGAAGCCUGGUUGCAGCAAUGUGUUCAGCGAAUAAACGAUGAGCUUGAAAAUACAUAUAUGGAUGGAAGUGAAUGUGAUCAGAUGAGAGAUGACUGUUACGAUUCUUCUAGUUUACCAGACGAUGUAUCAAUCAUAAAAGUGGAAGACAGUUUUGAAUAUGAAAAACCUGGCAGACGCUCAAAAAAAAUUUGGCUUGUACCCAUAGACUUUGACAAACUUGACUUCCCCCCUCCCGAUUUUGAUGUCCCUGUCCCAGAUUACCUGUUGAACAAAGAACAGAUUAAAAGCAUAUAUGAAAGCAGUCUUUCCAUAGGCAACUUUGCCUCGCGAUUGCUUGUUCUCUUAUUUCCUGAACUGUUUACUCAUGAAAACUUACGGAAGCAAUACAACUGUAGUGGAUCUUUAGGCAAGAAACAGCUCGACCCCACUAGAAUUAAAUUAAUUCGACAUUAUGUGCAGAUACUGUACCCCAGAGCAAAGAAUGACAGAGUGUGGACAUUGGAGUUUGUUGGGAAGCUUGACGAGAGGUGUCGACGAAGAGACACGGAGCAAAGGCGCACGUACCAACAGCAACGGAAGAUCCAUGUGCCAGGGCCCGACAGGAGGGAAUUUCUCAGCUAUGCAAUAAACCCCGAGAGGUUUCGAGAAGAAUUCGAAGGGCCGCCGCUGCCACCAGAAAGAAGCAGCAAGGAUUUUUGCAAGAUACCACUCGAUGAACUCGUGGUUCCUAAUCCAGACUUCCCUGUGCCUUCUCUGUAUUUGCUGUCUGAUAAGGAGGUAAGAGAGAUAGUGCAGCAGAGCCUGUCGGUUGGCAACUUUGCUGCCAGGCUUCUCGUAAGACUCUUUCCCGAACUCUUUACUCCGGAGAAUCUCAGACUGCAAUACAACCAUUCAGGUGCUUGUAACAAAAAACAGCUCGAUCCUCUCAGACUGAGACUGAUCCGUCAUUACGUGGAGGCAGUUUACCCUGUGGAGAAAAUGGAAGAAGUGUGGCAUUAUGAAUGUAUACCGAGCAUUGAUGAAAGAUGCCGGCGUCCUAACAGAAAAAAGUGUGAUAUACUGAAAAAAGCAAAGAAAGCAAAAAAGUGACAGGCUCUUUAAAUUCCUAAGACUUUGACCACUAAAUUAUUGUCAGGAUUAUGCUCUGGUUUAGACUGAGGGGCCUGUCGGGAGCUGAGGGUGCUCAGCAUCUAGGACAGUCAGGCACUAAGUUUGUUGCGUUUUAAUGUGUGUGUUGCAUCUAUGUGGGCACCGCAGCAGUGGGAAGUGGCUUACUACAUUUGUACAUGGGUAAAGACCUUAAGUCAUCGGUGAUAGAGCUAUCAGUGACUCGCUAAGAGCAUGAUUUUCACUGGUGCAAAUACAUGUAUUGAAACUGUAUUACUCCACUCCCCAUUUCUGCAUCUUCCUUUUUUAUCACUUUCUAAUAAUAAAGAAUUUUUUUUUUAAAUCGUUGUGCUCUUCAGGGGCAGUUUUUCAUUAUACCCUUAUAAACAGUCUUGUUAGUUAAUUCGGAGUUUAAAAUUUAAACUUAAUUUAAAUUUGAAAGUGCCAUGUUCAUUGGAAAUCAUUGGAGUAUUAGACUUUGCUUCUACAGUAAUUGCAGCUUCACAUUUGUUUUGUUCUUGAUGAUACUGAGAUACUGAAAAUAAUAAUACUGUGUCAAAGAAUGGGUCAGAAUGGUGUAAUUUGCAUUUUUGACUGUUACCCAGGUUUUAUUUCUAAAACCAAGAAUUAACUGUUGAAGAAUUGAGACGUGAGCAUAGACACAAUGUGAAUGUUUGGGGAUUUUUAUAUUGACACCACAAGCUUGAUCCUGCCUCUGUGAGUUCUUUUUUUGUUUUGUCCAGUGUCACUGCUGGCGUGAUUGAGGAUGACCCAAGCCCAUACCCGUGGAAUGUCUUGCCAUCGCCUGCUUGCCACUCCAUUUGUAAAAUAACAAAGACAGCAACAACAACAACAAAAAGACACGAAACAAGAAUUUAGAAAAAUGUUAGACCUUACUCUCUUUCAAAAUCAUGAUUCCAAAGGUUUCCAGUAUUCAUAUUGAAUUGCAUAUACAAAAAGUACAUGCAAAGAUUGGUUUUGUGAUGGAAUUCAAUGCUUCAGGGUCCCCAUGUAUGAGCUGUGGUAAUGUAACUUAUUCUUUGUGUGAAUACAGCACCAUCUGGAUAUUUCGGGUGUAGGGAUAUUGAAUUCUCUCACUUUGCCAAACUGAUUUAGUGUAAUUAGUAGCUAUUUGGAGGCAUAACUGUGUAUGUAUAACUUAGGUUCACACGGUCAAGUUUGCAUCAUUAAUAUGUUCAAGUCUAACAAAGACCACCCAGAACCCAAUAUGAAUUUGCUGUAUGACUUGUCACUGGAGAGUGCUGCUUUAAAACUAGUUUUUCUCUUUUUUCUUUUUUUAUAUUUUAUUUUAAUACUGAUAGAAAUGGUGAGAGAGAGUCAGACAUGGAUUUUUAAGACAGUAAAGACAGUGAUUGUUUAAUGACCGUCGCUGGAACACCUUGGAGCAAUUGUUGAUGUUCUCUGUGGUCCUUUUUUGUUGUUAGAUGGGUCAUAGUAUCAAAUUUUAAGUCAGUUC